AGCAGGGGAGGGCCGAGCGCCGGUGGCCGUUAUGUCCGAGAUACUGUGCGAGUGGCUGAACGAGGAGGUGAAGCUCUCCCGGAGCGUGGUUCCAGGAUCACUUUCAGAAGAAUUUUCUACUGGCUACCUCCUCGGAGAACUUCUGCACAAGUACGGUCUUCAAGAUGACUUUAAUAAAUUUUCACAGAGCAGGGCUGCAAAUGCAAAGCUUAACAAUUUUUCUCUCCUGGAGCCCACGCUUCACCUGCUUGGAGUACAGUUUAAUGAGAACGUGGCCCACAGCAUCAUGAUAGGAAAGCAUGGGGCUGCAACAAAGCUUUUAUAUGAAUUGUACAUUGCUUUAGAAAAAAAGAAAAACAAAGCUCACUGGAGUAGCUAUGGAAGCAAUGAGACCUGCAGUACCUGCAAGGCUCAAGACUAUUGGAAGUGUUUCAUUUCGAGAGCGUUUGAAAUCUUUAACAUCACAUCAGGCUGAUUUGCAACCACGGCAGGUUUCAGAUCAUUUUGAAAUGAAAUCUAAGACAAUAGAAGAUAAAAUAGCUCAUAUACAUAUUUCUGAACAACAGAAAUCUCAAAAGCUUCAAGAGGAACAAAGAGCCCAAGACACU